AACCUCCAAGGGGGGUGAAUACUUUUUAUAGGCACUGUAACCACGAUUUAUUUAAACCUGUGAGGAGAGAAAGCACAAAGAAUCUGAGGAAGAAGCAAAGUUAGUAAUGUGCAUUAAUGGGACAUGAAUUCAUACAGAAGGAGAGAGAGAAGAGGAGAGAGGAGCUCAGUGUAUCAGGAAGUCCGCCUGAAUUUUGGAAUGUCAUGUCGGUAAAAAGACAGUCCUUGAAGUAUGUUUUAUGUGGGAGAUGAAAAACCUCGAGCAAAUUAGUGCAAAGCAAUUCCACUCAUCACCCCCCACCCCCUUCUCUUGUAUGCAAAUCAUAUCACUUUUUAUGGUUGAUUUUUAUCUCAAUAUAUUAUAAAAUAAUAAACAAUAUAUCCACCACUUGAAUCGUUGUUUUAGGUAUGUUUAUGUCAUGAGGAUGCUGAUGUACGUUUACAGCAUGUGGACACACCCAGUGUGUGUCUAAGAGCUUGAGGAAGCCGAAGCUGAAACACUGCUGCUACACACUCACUCAGUCAGUGCUCAGCAACAGAGCAGCAGUGUGUUCUUGCUCCCAGCCAUCCCACCCUCAUCCUCAGAGCCUAACAUAGCAGCAGCAGCAGCAGACAUGGUACUCCACCACAAAGAGUUCACCAAUGCAGGCAAGACAGCUGGCCUGCAGAUUUGGAGGAUUGAGAAUCUGGAGCUGGUCCCUGUACCAGAGAACUUGUGUGGGAAUUUUUACACUGGAGAUGCUUAUGUGAUUCUCUACACUGUCAACCAGAAGACCAGCUUUUUCUACCACUUGCACUACUGGCUGGGAAAGGAGUGCAGCCAGGAUGAGAGUGCCGCUGCAGCCAUCUUUACGGUGCAACUGGACGACUACCUGGGCGGAAAGCCAGUCCAGUACCGAGAACUGCAGGGGGUCGAGACAACAGCCUUCGCCAGCUACUUCAAGGGAGGGAUCACUUACAAAACAGGAGGCGUGGCCUCAGGUUUCCACCAUGUGGUCACCAAUGACCUUUCAGCAAAGAGACUCCUACACAUAAAGGGCAGACGCGUGGUCAGGGCCACCCAGGUCCCUCUCACCUGGACCAGCUUCAACAGUGGAGACUGCUUCAUCGUUGACCUCGGAGAUAAGAUCUAUCAGUGGUGUGGAUCCAAGUGUAACAAGUUUGAGCGACUGAAGGCGGCACAAGUGGCCAGAGGUAUCCGUGAUAACGAAAGAAAUGCCCGUGCCGAGCUGGUGGUUGUAGAAGAGGGAAGUGAACGGUUCGAGUUAACUAAUGUCCUUGGAGUCAAGCCAGACCUAUCAGAGGGAGAUGGUGAUGAUGAUACAGAGGCAGACGUGUUCAACAGGAAAAUAGCCAAACUAUACAUGGUUUCUGAUGCGUCAGGGUCCAUGAAAGUGACUGUUGUCAAGGAGGAAAACCCAUUCCUCCAGAGUGACCUGCUCUCAGACGAAUGCUUCAUUCUGGAUCAUGGCAGAAACAAGAUCAUAUUUGUAUGGAAAGGGCACAAGGCUAACCCCAGUGAAAGAAAGGAAGCCAUGAAAACAGCUGAGGGCUUCAUCAAACAGAUGGGCUACCCUGCAAACACACAGAUCCAGGUGCUGCCAGAGGAAGGAGAGACUUCCAUGUUCAAGCAGUUCUUUCUGGGCUGGAAGGACAGGGACCAGAGUGAGGGUUUUGGGAAGGUAUUUGUCACAGAGAGAAUUGCGAGGAUACAGCAGGGGGAGUUUGAUGCUUCCAAACUCCAUGAGUCCCAUCACAUGGCCGCCCAGUACAACAUGGUGGAUGAUGGGAGUGGACACACACAGAUCUGGAGGGUUGAGAGCAGUGGCAGAGUUCCUGUCGACCCAAAGGGCUACGGUCAGUUCUACGGGGGGGACUGUUACAUCAUUCUGUACACCUACGGGAAGAGGCAGAUCAUCUACACCUGGCAAGGAGCCGGAUGCUCUUUGGAUGAGCUAACAGCUUCGGCCUUCCUGACCGUAGACCUGGAUCGUUCACUGGGAGGGUAUGCAGUUCAGCUUUUGUGUGAGUGUGAGUGUGUGUGUGUGUGUGUGUGUGUGUGUGUGUGUGUGUGUGUGUGUGUGUGUGUGUGUCAUCAGGUCAGAGUGUGCCAGGAUAAAGAGCCCCCACAUCUACUGAGCCUCUUCAAAUCCAAACCCCUCAUUGUAUAUAAGAGUGGUACGUCCCGCCUCAGAGGCCAGACCCCCCCACCUCCAACCCGACUCUUUCAGGUACGACGGAACCUGGGCACCAUCACCAGAAUUGCUGAGGUUGAUGCCAGGGCAUCCAGUCUGAACUCUAAUGAUGCCUUCCUGCUGAAGAUGGCUGAUGGCCGGGGCUAUCUGUGGAUGGGCAAAGGGGCCAGUGAAGAAGAGGAGAAAGGAGCAGACUACAUGAGUAAAGAGCUGAACUGCAGCAGCAAACAUGUCAUGGAGGAAAAUGAACCAGAUGAUUUCUGGGCAGCAUUAGGGGGGAAGACAGAGUACCAGACCUCAGCAAGACUAGACAGUCAGACCAUCACUCACCCUCCUCGUCUGUUUGGAUGUUCAAACAAAACCGGCAGGUUCAUAAUUGAGGAGGUUACAGGAGAGUUCACACAGGAUGACCUGGCUGAAGAUGAUGUGAUGCUGCUGGAUGUGUGGGACCAGGUGUUUACGUGGAUCGGAAAGGAUGCCAACGAGGUAGAGAGGACUGAAUCCGUCAAAUCUGCCAAACGGUACAUAGAGACUGACCCGAGCGGCCGGGACAAGCAGACUCCUGUGGUGGUGGUGAAACAAGGCCAUGAACCUCCCACCUUCACAGGCUGGUUCCUGGCCUGGGACCCCUCCCACUGGGACUCUGUCACCAGGAGCAUGAAGUCCAUGCGUCUUUAGAAUCAGAACAUACAGAUAUAUUGAUCCACUCACAACAACUGAAAUAGGUUCCUUUACAUAACCAGUGUGAUCAAAUAAAGACAUUCAGUUGUUUUCUGUGACAUUUUUAAUUGAAAAUUGUGUUUGUACUGGUACUUUACCACAUGCAGGCACAACUUUCACAUUGACAUAUAAUGACCCCCUUAUUGUCAGUCUCUGGCAUGUUGGGAAGGUUGGGAAUCUCUGGUCUUUGAUUUGUAGCUACUUCGGAAUAAUUCUUAUAAAAUGAUUUAUUUGACAUGGUGCUUGUAUCCAAACUUACUUUAAAAAGUGAAGUGAUAUAAGACAUGAUAUUGAUGUUGAUCUUCUAAUCUCACUGUUGGUAACAAAGGGAAGGAAUACUGUGGGCGACUGUGGCUAAGUGGAUAGCAGGGCCGUCUUUCAAUCAGGUGGUUCAAAUCCACCG